CGACCGUUAGGCACGCACGCUAUCCUGCAGCAGGCACAGAGAGCCCUCCGCCGACGCCAACCUCGAACCAGGGUUCCCACCGACCAUGACGAGCCCGCGCUGUCUGCGAAGCUCCAUCGGGUCCUCGUAGUGGGUCUAGAGGCGCCGCAUUGACGGCGAACCCACUUAUAUUUCGCGGCAUCGUCGUGGCGCGCGACAUGUGUUUGGACAGCAGCCUCGAGGCCGUCGUGGUCUCCAACUAUCAUAAGCAGAGGCCUUCGCACCCUGAAGACGCGUUGAGUCUCAGCGAGGUCAUUGUGAGGUGUUGGCGACGGUUCUGUUGAUUCCUCCGUGCUCUCGGACGCGCCGCUCCUCCUUCUUUGGGUUCCAAACGGUCGCGCGUGCUUGCUUCCUGCCUGCUUCACUUGCUGCCUCACUUGCUGCCUUCGCACUUUCUUUAAAAGCCCGUCUCCCCUCCAAGAAAUUCCUCUCUUCUACAUCAACCUCCAAACUCCUUCCUCUCUCCCUUCCGCUCAUCAGCACCACUCCCACUCCCAUCCUUCAUCACUAAGAACACAAGCCUUCGCACACAUCACACAGCACAAGCACAUCCACCUGUUCCCAAGCCCCAUCAUGGCUCAACCCGUCGCCGCCAUGAUGAGCCGCGCCGCUCGCAGAGCUGCCAGCCGUCGUGCCGCUCGCCCACAGUUUCUCUCUCAAGUCCUCGGACCAUCCAUUGCACGUGCUUCAUUCAACUCAUCGGCCAAGGUUUUCGACCCUGAGGUGCCAGUCGUCUCUUACAGCAAGGGCGAGCGUCAGCAGUCCACUGUCCAGUUUGAGGCUGGUGCCAGCGGUCCAGUCAACCCGCCAGGUGCCGACGAUGUGAAGGUGGCCAUUCCACUCAAGCCCGAGAUCGCCAAGAACCUCACUCCCACGCUCAAGAAAUUCACUCUCGAGGGCAAGGUCGCCGUCGUGACCGGUGGAGCUCGUGGUCUGGGAUUCAACAUGGCUCAGGCCCUCGCAGAGGUUGGUGUCCGUGGUCUUGCCAUCAUGGAUGUCCAGCCCGAGCUCGGUGACGCCGCCGCCCGCGAGCUUAGUGAGCAGACGGGCAUCGACGUCCGCUUUUACCAGGUCGAUGUUCGCGACGCCGAGGCCGUGGGCCAGACAGUUCGUGACAUGGCCGAUCACUACGGCAGUCUCGACAUAUUGAUAAACGCAGCCGGCAUUGCUGACUCCAAUAUCAAGGCCGAGUUCUACGAGAUUGAGAAGUGGCGUCGUCUCAUUGAAAUCAACGUCAACGGCACCUUCGUGUCCACCCAAGCUGUUGCCCGUGAGAUGAUCCGUCUCGGCACUGGUGGCAGCAUCAUCAACAUCGCUUCCAUGUCUGGUAGCGUUGUCAACUACCCGCAAGAGCAAUCUUGUUACAAUGCGUCCAAGGCAGCUGUGGUGCAGAUGACGAAGUCUCUGGCUGCCGAGUGGGCCCGCUACAACAUUCGCGUUAACGCGAUCUCUCCUGGCUACAUGGACACGGCCCUCAACCGUGUUCCUGCCCUCGAGGCCCAGAAGCGCAUCUGGAUCGACCACACGCCGCAGAAGCGCCUCGGUUCUGUUGACGAUCUCAACAACCUGGCUGUGUACCUGGCUUCGGACGGCUCUGCCUUCAUGACCGGCAGCAACUGCCUCAUCGACGGUGGCUACACUCUGUGGUAGAUAGUGUCGCGUCGAUUCGUGCUUACACUCUUCCGUGUAAGAUGUAACAAUACAUGCUUUCAUUGCAUCGUAUGGCGUCUGGGAUGGAUGGCGUAUGGGCGCAAAGGCUGGUCUACGGACAGCUUCCGGGGGUUCACUGCAGGAGGGUCCUGAGCAUGUUCCCCUACGUUCAAGCGAGUUGGUGCACAGUCGCACUCGUGUGUUAGAUUAUGAACACAACCAGUCCUAAGCAGGAUGGUAAUGAGAUCAAUGCUGAACUCACUACGUACAGCAUAAGCUGCCUUCCACUUCUCCCUCGUAAAUGCAUACCUGCAAUCUACUGACAUUCCGAACCGCCCUACUGGGAGAGGUGCACGCCCGUCAAACUCACAGACCUCUCGAGAAGCUGCAACCCGAGCGAUGUACAAUACGACAACACUGAAGACUCCCACGCGCCGAUGCUGAGUGCCACAGUUUCGAUCUGCCACGAACGAUAUAUCUUUGCUUCCUUGAUCUGCUUGGGCUGAAGGCGGGCGAGGCAAGUAGAACAACACGAUUGCGAUGGUCCUACUGACGCUGCUCUGGACGUGUGCAGCUACAGCAUUGCGGCUCAAUGGACUUCACCCCAGCGCGAUCAACGACAAAUUUACGGUGAACAGGAUUCCCGCAAUCAGAUCCAAGGCAACCAGUAAAAGCAGCGAAUUGAAGGUCACGUCCAACGUGGUGGGCUUGACACAGAAGUAUGCGACGUCGCUCAGUUCCGUGUACGUUCAGGCCAUGAGAGGUGAGGCUGGAAUAGCUCGAGCUACGAAUGCCACCACGCCCUUGAUCUCGGCCAGCGGUGGUCAAGUGUUCCUCGCAAAUGUCACGGUCGGCGGCAAGCGCUAUUCGGUGGUCAUUGACACCGGUAGUAGCGAUCCCUGGCUCGCCCGGAUAGGCUACCAAUGUUACGAUCCGUACGACGACCGGCUGUUGCCUCAGUCCGAGUGUGGUUUCGCGGGUGCAUACGACCCGAGUCAAUCUACGACAUACACGGCAGUCCCCAACCAAAGCUUCAACAUCAGCUACGCCGACGGAGAGUAUCUGAAUGGAGGUGUAGGCAUCGAGUCAUUCAGCAUGGCGGGCAUCACCGUGCCGCGACAACAGUUCGGUACUGUCGACAUUGCCGCCUGGUAUGGCGACUAUGUCUCUACAGGGCUCAUCGGUUUCGCCGGACGCGCUCUCACAUCCGCAUAUGCAGGCUCCAAUACGAACGCAUAUUACAAUCCCUUGUUUGUGAACAUGUACGAGCAACAAAUCAUCCCGGCGGUCUUCAGCAUGGCCAUCGACAGAAACAUCUCCGUCGGUGGGGUGCUCGCGCUCGGUGGCAUCCCAGAUAUUCAACACUCGCCGUACUUUGCGACUACACCCAUCUCAGGGCUGAGUGUCAAUGCCCAAGAUCAAGCCGUGUACACGUUUUACACCAUUUACAUUGACGGCUACGCGUAUUCCGCCAAUCGGAGUACCCAAUUCAAUUCAUACGAUAACCCGAAUCCUUUCAAGACGCCUCUGGUAUACAACGGCUCCGACACGAUCAUCGACUCGGGUACUUCGCUGGCCUACAUUCCCGACGAAGUCAUGGUCGCCACUGCCGCACUAUACGAUCCUCCAGCGUACUACGAUGACAUCCAAGGCUCAUGGUUCGUGGCCUGCGAUUCCAAGGCACCCGUGUUUGGCGUGGGGGUGGGAAAGAAGAUAUUCUAUGUGAAUGCAUUAGAUCUGAUUGUCGAGGUUUACACCAAUAUCUGUGUGACGGGGAUUCAGUCGAAUGGAGGCGGCCUGAGUAUUUUGGGCGGCACGUGGAUGAAAAAUGUCUUGGCGGUGUUCGAUAUUGACGGGGGACAGAUGCAAUUUGCGGCCAGACAGUUUUAUGAUCUCUAUGCGAAGUGAAAAAGUCAGUCAGC